AUGUUCCGUUCCUCCAUCCUCCGGGUCACCCACUCCCGCGCAGCCGCGACCGGCCGACCGGCCCGCUACUUCUCAACCACGAGGCGACAAGCCUGUGCUAACAUGCCAUCCUCGCCCUCAGACCGCUUCAUGUCGGCCCUGCACCAGAACAAGGACUGGGCCGCCAAGAUCUCCAAGGAGGAUCCCCAGCUCUUCCCGACGCUGGCCGUGGGCCAGCAGCCCGAAAUUUUGUGGAUCGGGUGCUCCGACUCACGGUGCCCUGAGACCACCCUGUUGGACCUCAAGCCCGGCGACGUCUUCGUUCACCGCAACAUCGCCAACGUGCUGCACGCGAGCGACCUCAGCUCGUCGGCUGUGAUCGAGUACGCCGUCAAGUACCUGCGCGUCAAGCACGUGGUUGUGUGCGGCCACACCAGCUGCGGUGGCGUUGCGGCCGCGCUGGGCAACAAGCAGCUCGGCAUUCUGGACCCGUGGCUCAUGCCGCUUCGCCAGCUCCGCGAGCAGCACCUCGAACUGCUCAACUCGCUCCCCACCGACGAGGCCAACCUGAAGCUGGUCGAGCUGAAUGUCCACGAGGGCGUCAAGACGCUCAAGCAGAAGAGCGUCGUGCUGGACGCCAUGCAGGAGCGUGGCCUUCGCGUCCACGGCCUGAUUUAUGACGUCGGCAGCGGUGUGCUGCGCGAAUUGGACACCGACGAGCCUGAGGCGGCCAUUAAGGCGCGUCUGACUUCCUUCAAGACGGACGUAUAA